AUGAUGAUAGAAAACGAAAAAUAAUUUACCCGCCAAAAACACAAUCUUCCAAUAAUUUCAGUUUUGCUUAAUCCAAAACUACUUUAGAACGAAAGAUUCCUUUGCUCUGAAUGCUUAAAUUCUAGAACAUAUGAUGAAUAAAUGUAAGAUUUUCGGAGAACUUUAGAAUUAAUUUAACAUUAAUAUAAUGAGAAAUUUAUAUUAAUACAAGAUAUUAUUAAUCAAUCCAUUGAAAUUAUUCAAGUGCUACUGAAUAAAGUUUAAGAAUUAAGAUAAAAAGUCAUUAAUGAAUUAAACUAAGUGAUUGAUUAAAUAUAAAAUUGGAUUUCUAAUUUAAAACAAAAAGAAGAAAACUAUUCUAAAUUUAGUUUCUACAAAAAGUUAGAAAAUUUAAUAGGGAAUCCUAAAGAAAAUAUACAAAAUUUGGAAAAUUAAUUAUUGUUUUAAUUCCAAGGUAAUUACUAAAAUAUAAUAAUUUUAACAAUUAUAAGAAUUUGAGAAUUGUUUAAAACAAUUGAAAAUAUUAGAACAAGAUAAUUAAUAAUUUAAUAAGGAUUUACAAAAAUUAGAAUAACAAAUCCUUAAAACAUCUGCAUUAAAACUCAAAUAAUAAAUAUAAGAAGAGUUCGAGUUAGUUAAUGAAUCUCUUGAGUAAAAAUUGGAAUGUAAUGCAAUUGCUUUUAAUUCUUCUGGGACAAUUAUAAUAUCAAAUUAAGAAGAAAAUAUUAAAGUUUGGAGUUUCAAUAAUAGAUUAAUAGACUAAAUAACAACUUUAUAUGGACAUAAUGAUUGGAUAUAUAGUCUAAUUUUUAGUAAGAAGCAUAAUUCAUUUUUUCAGAUUCAGGAGAUAAAACUAUUAGAUGCUGGAAAAAUAUAAAUUAAAAUGUUUGGAUUAGUUCAUAACCUUAUUAACUGCACCAGAUUGGGUGAUGAGUAUCAUUAUAAAUUCAUAAGAGGAUUUACUUUUUUUCUGGAAGUAGUGAUAAUUCUAUUAUAGUUUGGAAGGUGGAUUUAAAUAACAAUAAAUUGUCUUAUUGCUAAUAAUUAUCAAAGCAUGAUGCCAAAGUUAUUGCAUUAAGCUUAAAUUAAAUCUGAAAAUUAUUUAGUAUCAUGUGCAGUUAAUUAGAAUUCAAUUAUUUUAUGGGAAAAGAAUUAAAUAAAAUAAUUUGAAUUUAAAUAUAUUGUUAAAUAAUCAAUCUAAGCAGAAGGAGCAAAACUUAAGUUUAUUAAUGAUAGCUAGUUUAUAUGGAUAACUGGAGGUACGGAAUUAGAUUAAGUCUGGGUGUUUGAAUAAGAGGAAGGAAUUUUUUAAGAAAAGUAACAAAAGACAAUUGAUUUAGACAGAAAUAAUAAAGUUAAAGAUGAAUUUUUUUUUCCAAUAAUUUACAAUAAAUAGAGGAAUUGA